CAAUGCUGAAAACGUUCACACGAAAAAGUAGUUGUCACUCUGAAAGAACGCGUUCGUCCUACAAUUAAAAGACAUAAAUGUGUGUGUUUACUGAAAUGAAAAUGAGUUAUUCAAAUAAUUAUGUGUUUUGCAUAACUUUUAACUUUUAAUUUGAUUUGUUGAAUGGAAAUUCUGGUUGAUUGUUUAUAAAAAAAAAAAAAAAAUCCGAAAAGAAACUGCAUUAUUUAUAUGACUCUCCCUAAUUUAUAGAAAAUCGACAACUCGAGUAGAAAAUAUUACGAAAAUUAGAAAUAACUUAAACCGAUAAACACCGAUCCGAUCCGUUCAUAGGAGGGAUAAGAGCGCCCCCAAAAAGAGAGCAAAAUCUUCUGCUAUUUACUAAAAUCUGUGCUAUUUUUAAAACGCAGCUAAUUUUUUUGUAAUAAAAAUAUUUUUAAGUAAAAUUUCAAUUUAUUUUCGUGUUUCUGUUUGAUUGAACUUUUAUUACUGAACACUGAACACUGAAUACUGAACACUGAAAAAAAAAAACAGAAAACAUGCGCUGGUUUAAUUCUUAAUAAACUUCACAUUAGACAUAAAUGUCGACAUAAAGGUUCUGCAAUUCACUAAUUUUAUGUGUUCAAAAACCGUUUUUAAAACCGUUUUUCUUUUUAAAAAAACGCAUUUUUCUCAAUACGCAAAGACAUCUCUUCAGAAUGUAAACGUUCCUGUUUGUUUGAAAUCUAUUUCCAAAAAAAUUUUGCAUACGAAAAUAAGUUUUCGAAAUUUCCUUUUCUGAUAUAUAUUGUAAGAAAGUGUUACGCAACUCAUCAUUUUGUGAAUUUAAUGGAAGAAAGCAAGAAAAAAGAAUUUACUUUCUCUAAUGCUAAUGCAACUCAGUUUAUCGAAUAAGCAAAUGAGUUGACGCAACAAUAUUGAAGCGGCGAAAGAAACAGUGGACCAAUAUACCCAGCGAUAAGAAAGUGCUCUCCUAGUAAUUACAACACAACAUUAUUCGGCGAAAUAAACAGUGGACCAAUAUAUCCAACGAUAAGGAAGUGCUUCUAGUAAUUACAACACAUCAUAAUUACAUGCAAGUGAUAUCAAAUAGCAACAUUAUUAGCAUAUUAAUGCAUCAUCAUCUGCUUAGGCAGUAAGCAUCAGGAGAGAGAGGUAGUAUUAGAAGCCUAGAACUCUACCAAAAAUAUCUCCAACGAUUGCAACAAUUGUUUUGUUAGCUACAUAUAUUUAUUUCCUAACAUCAUAACUAAAUAAUUCCAAUUAUCAAUCAUGCAUCAUUUGUACCCAUCAUUAAAAGGCGACCAACUAUGCCCACUAGGGUUUCAUCCACAAACUCGUUAUCCAACACGAUGUAAGCGCUGCUUUCGUGACUACAAAGAGCAUGGCGGACGACGUGGUAUGGAAGAUGUAGCAGCAUCUUCUCCAAACCUCUCAGAUGGCCAGAAUUCCAGACCAUCAUCACGAUCAUGGACAUCAACACAAAAUCUUUCAUCAACAAAUGGAGCUAGUUUUAACAAAGAUAUCGUUGUAAACUUCAAUAUAGAACUUAAGAAAAGGCCCCAGUCAUGGGCUUCAACGCCAGAUAUUGACGAUGAAGACAAUGAGGCAACUGGAGUACCUCGCUCUGGUGGUCUCUCAGCACCAAGUCGACCUGAAAUGAAUAGUGUGGACGUUACAGUCAAACUGCCUCCGCGGCGACACACUACAACUUUAGACCUUAAAGAGGUUGAAGACUCAUUACUACAGAAUAGUAAAUUAUCAUCACCAUCACCACAACCAUCAUCCUCACCAUCAAGAAGUAUUCCAGAUGAUUUAGUCAUCCUAUCUACAGAUAGUCUCGCAGAGCGUGUACGUAAAAUGAAUUUACUGAAAAAGCAGCGAAGUCUUAACUCAAGAGAAUCCAGCCGUGAACGUUCAGUACCAAGAAAAACAGAAGAUAAAACUGAACCAGAGAGUAAACCUCCUCCUGAUAGACCAGAGCGAAGUAAAUCGAGUACUUUAGUGAAUGCCGAUACAAAGCGUAGUUCACUACCGCCAAAGAAAACUUCAGCAUCUUCCACCACAACAAAUGCCACUAACACUUCACAACGUCCAAUGUCAUUACCUACAACAACCUCAAAAGUUUCCAGAGACUCAAUCAGUUCAAGUACUUCAAGUACGAGUAGCACUAAAAAUGCGACAAAUUUGACCACAUCGAUUGCAAAUGCAACAGCAACGAACUCAACAUAUACUAACUCUUAUAAUACAAACUCUUCAGCAUCUUCAGUUCCAUCUGGCAAAAAUCGCAAAGAAACAGAUCGGCAAAAAGCCACGCAAGAUGUAGAAUUCUUACUGAAAAUCAAAGACACUAAAUAUGCUGAGCGCAGAUCAGCGCAUGAUAACAUGUCACUUACAACCGAAACAACUGACACGACACUAGUAGGGUCAAAUGAACGCGAAUUACAUGAUGAAAUAAAAACCUUACGCAGUGAUUUAGAAUCCAUGAAAGUACGUGCCGAACGUGCAGAGCGGGAUAAAAGCGAUAUAUUACUUCGACGGUUGGCGUCAAUGGAGACCGCACCGAAUCGUACGGCGGCCUCAGAGGCUUUAAUGCUACAACAGAAAGUUAACGAUCUGAAAGAGCAGCUCGAGAAAGCAAGUGAUGAGAAACGACGGCUUAAUAUGCGUAUGAAGGAUAUCGAAAAUAAUCCAAAGAGCUCUGAAUAUGAAUUAAAAAGGAAAUUAAAUGCUGCCGAACAACUUUGUGAGGAGUUGAUGGAAGCAAAUCAGGUAGCUAAAAAAGAAAUUAUUAAUUUACAGGCCGAAAUGGAUGAGUUGCAAGAUACAUAUCGUGAAGACGACAUCAAAGCGAAAACAAGUCUACAAAAAGAUCUGGAAAAAACAACUAAGAACUGUAGAAUCCUUUCUUUCAAGUUGAAAAAAUCUGAAAGAAAAAUUGAAGUACUUGAGCAGGAGAAGGAAAACAAUUGCAAUACCGAUUUGGCACUAAAAGUUAAAAAAUUGGAAGAAGAGUUGCGAUUUUCCAGUGAACUAACCAGAAGACUACAGGCCGAAGCGGAAGAACUUCGAAGUCCUGGUAAAAAGAAACCGCCACUUCUUGGAGCUAUCGGAAAAUCAACCUCAGCAGAAGCAAAAUUCACGAGAGAAUCAUUAACACGUGGUGGGUCCCAAGAGGAUCCUCAACAGCUGCUACGCGACCUUCAAGAUUCCGUUGAGAGAGAAUCUGAUCUUAAAGAUCAAUUAAAGUUUGCAGAAGAAGAGAAUAAUAAAAUGAAACGGUUAUUAAAUGUGAAAUAUGGCAUUAAUCAGGGUACGCAAACAUUUGAUUUAGAAUUUCAAAAACUUACAGUAUCGAAAGAUACUCAAACUACUUCGGUAAUAACAGAAAACUGUGCUACAGAUACCGAUUUCAUAAAGUGUAAUGAUAGAAAAACACAAUACACUCUAACUGACACUAUAAAUACUGAACGAUCUGCUGAGAAUGAACAAUUCACUGACAAUGCUAUCAUGAAAACUGUGAACUUCGAACAUAUUUCCUCAGUAUCAAAUUCUGAUGUAACUCCAAGUUACAGCUUUCCGAAGUUAAGUCAUGAAAGAGAAUUGACACCAUUUGCAUACUCAGUAUUUUCUGGAGUUGCAUAUAAAAAAAACACAAGAUCAGGAGGUUUACUCUUUCCAGCAACUAUAUCACGUGUUUUACUAAGUAAUGCGUUAGCUGGAACUGAAAGUGAUAAAGCACGAAAACUAAGCCCAACUCCACGUCGUUUAGUGCCCGAAGCUCAUGUUGAUCGUGAUGAAGGUAUAUCGGAUGAAGAUGAUCCAGCUGAAUUACGUAUACUUCUUGAGCUUAAUGAACAAGAAGCCUCUAAUUUGCAUAAAAAGGUUGAUGAACUAGAAAGAGAAAAUGCAGAAGUUAGACGACAAAUUAAAGAUUUACAAGACCAUCGUUCGGAGUCAUCUGUUCUUAAAAACGGUAAACCUAUAAAUAUUGACACCAAGCGGCAGCUGGAUUUACUUGAGCAGGAAUUAUUGACUAUGCGCUCGAAGAUCACAACAAAAGACAGUGAAAAUGAAAAGUUACUUAAAGAAAACAAACGUUUGCAGUUACAAGCUUUGCGCAAGAAUAAUUCAACUGAGAAGAAUGGCACGAUCGGAACUAAUACCGAAAUUAACAAAAUGAAAGAGACGCUCUCAUUAAUUGAGCGUGAACGGGAUGAGUUAAAUAUAAAACUUAAACGUAUUAUGAAUGAGGCAGAAGAUAAGUUGCCACCCAGAACUCCGAAACGUAUAACUGAUCUUACUCCCAAAAAUCAUUUGAAAAAAUGGGUUGAGGAGCUUGAAGAUGAAAUAACAGAAAUGCGAACUAUGAUGUUAAGAAGUGGGGCCAAUAAAUUAAGAGAACUUGAAAAUGAAAAUCACACAUUAGAAUCUGAACUACAGAAAUCAAAACAAAAACUGGUAAUAGCGGAAGGUGAUAUAGAUCGUUUGAAAUCUCUUACAACAACUAUGCCAAAAACAACAGAAUUGGAGAAAAAUUUGAAAAAAUCAGAAGAAGAAUCUAAAAAAUUAAACUCAAAAUUAAAAGAUUUGGAAGACAAAAUUAAAAAACAGGAUUCUCAGAUCAAACAAACUGAGAUUGCAAAGACUGCGGCUGAUAGUCAGUAUAAACGUGAAAAAGAGAAAUUUGCUGCAUUGGAAAAAACGUACGAAAAAGAACGUAAGGAGCGCGACAUGUUCGAAUCAAAAAUAAAACAGAUAGAAAACGAAUUAUCUAAUGCCCAUAAAACAAAUGAGAAAACAAAGACAAACUUAGAAAAGGAAAUUAAAGAGCUGAAAUCUAAAUCGAAUAGUCAAAAAUCGGAUUCAAAAUUGGUGCAGGAGUUAAGAAAACAAAUUGAUGAUCUACAAACCUCUUUGGAUACAGAAACAAAACAUAGCAGGGAAUUAAAUGGUCACUGGGAAAAGCUUUCUGAGGAAACCAUUCUAAUGAGAGCACAGCUUACAACUGAGAAACGAAAUCUUGAAUCCGAACUAAAUUCGCUUAAACUAAAGUUGGGUGAAUUAGACACGCUACGUUCCGAACGAUCGGAUUUAACAAAACGUUUGAGUGAUACCCAAAACAAAAUCCAUGAUCUAGAAGCGAAAAAUUUAAAAAGCGGCGCUUCAGAAUAUGAAAAAACUAUGCUUAAAAACAAGCUAGCAGAAAAGGAUCACGAAUAUGAUCGUUUACGACGCGAAAACGAAAUGAAUAUCGAUUUAGUAUUUCAAUUGCGUAAGGAUAACGAUGAUCUUAAUUGUAAACUUAGUGAUUUUCAACGGAUUGAACAAGCUAAAUCUUCCAUUAAUGGUCACAGUGCAAGUCUCGAAGCUGAAAUUAAGUCUCUAAAACUAAAGUUAGAAAAUUCAGAACUUCAGCUCAAGUCUGAGGUUGCAUCAACGCGUUUACGAUAUGAGCAGCAAGUGAAAACAUUGAAUGGAGAACUAACUUCAAUGCAGCGUUCAUGUGAGAAAUUCAAGAAAGAUCGCGAUACUUUUAAACAAAUGUUGGAAUCAGCACAGAAAAAAAUUGGCGAACUAAAAGCUAAUACUACUGGACGGCAUAGUCGUAGUUCCAUGCAUAGCAGUGAUGAUGACGAUAAAAGUAAAAUUGCGUAUUUGGACCAGCAGAUUGGGUGUCUGGAAGAUCAACUGGUAGAAGCACGACUAGAAGUUAGUAAAGUUAAAACAGAAUUGGUUUCUGAGCGCAGUGCGAAUGAAAUAAAAAUUUCUGAAAUGCAAUCAAAAUUAAAUGAAUUUGAAGAAGAGCGAGUAAUUGGUUCAGGUCGUACUAAGAUUCCUGGCAUGAAAACAAAAUUGGAAUUAUCCUGGCAAAAAGAGCGCGAAGAUCAACAAAGGCUAUUGCAGGAGACUUCGACAUUGGCACGUGACCUUCGUCAAACUCUGUUCGAAGUUGAACGAGAACGUGAUAAAGAACGCUUAGAAUCAAAACGCCGAUUAGACCAACUUAAACGAUCAACUGAAGAAGAAAUGGAAGAGGGACGCAAAAAAAUAGCGGAAUUGCAAUGCGAUUUAUUAGAGCUACGAGAUGUACACGCAAAAUUACGUACCUCAAAUGAAAAACUUCGCCGUGAAAGAGAACGAUACGAAAAAGAAUUAGUAAAACGACGCAUGGAGCAAGAUGGCGGCGAACGAAAAGUAGGUGCUUUAUUACAAACUGUAGAUGAGUUAGUCAAAAUAGCACCUGACCUUAAAAUGGCAACAACUAGAAAUGCAAAUAAUAGUAAUCAAACAAGCACCAAUACUAGUCACACACUUACGGUACGUAAUGAUCAAGGGGCUGUUCGGCGAAGUCGUAGUCCAUCUCCCACUACGUUAAGUAGUACGCAAAUUUCCAGUAUACUUGCACGUUUAGCCGAAGCAUCAGAAGAAUUGAGAAAAUUCCAACAUUUAAAUGAGGAUGAAAACGAACGACAAAGAAUGCGUCGCAGUAAUCUUCGACGAGCUGCUUCUCAAGAAAAUGAUCCCCACGGCAGCACUGGAUCCGUAGCCAGUGCUGGAGGAUACCAUCGUAAUAGCUCUAAACUAUCACGUUCUUCACCACAUAAUGGUAGUUUGAUCAGAAAAAGUUUAUCCCUAGAUCAAUCGAUGCAGCAAGAUCAAAAUAUAUGGCGUCAAGAUGAUGGCAGUGUAUCAUCAAUACAGUCAAUUGAUUCCGAGUUAGGUGGUCUUGUAAGGGACUCUAGCUUUGACUCAAGAUUAGAUUCUCGUUUAUCUGGUGGUUCAACACAAAGCGAUAUACCACGAGGACCGCGUAAGAAAAAAAAAGGUUUAAUGGGUAAACUGCGCAGUCUAACCAAGAGUGGUCGCAAUUCCGAAAGCGAAAUAUCGAUUCAAGGAUCUGACUCUGAUAUAAGCGUUGCGAGUGAUAUGAGGUCGAGUAAAAAAGAUUUACGGGGUCGUUUAUCAGGCAUGUUUAAGCGGUCUGGUUCGACAUCACGUAGUGGUAGUACAGAACGUGGCAUUGCUUUAGAGCAAAGACCUGUUGCAGUACAAGUUGUGGGAGAUAUUGAUGGGCCAGAACCCAGAAAACCACCGCCUGCGAAUGCCAUCUCACCAAAACCAAUACGAUCGAUAACAAAACCACCAACGCCAACACCCACAACACCGAAAACAAAACGUCGGCUGCAGAAAUAAUACAUUAGACCUUUGAGUCUUCAAUACUUAUAAGUUCUUAUUUAAUAUUUAAAUUUUAUUAUUUUAUAUUUAUUAAACUCCGUAUUUUUAUCUCUCCUCUACAAUACAAAUUAGAAGUCAUAUUUUUUUUAUAUUAUAGAAUCUUAACGGUAUUAUUAUCAUCAAUUCAACAUUAGGAAGAAAACGAAAUAUGCUUUUAUGAUCACUCUAUUGAUACUAAAA